GUGGAGGUGUUUCCCCUCACCCCCUCACCCCCUCCGUUAUUAGUUCUCACCGCUUCUUUCUUACUUUUUCCCUCUCAUAUUUUGAACCCACAAUCGCUGCCAGACAAGUGAGAACCGAAAAGAAAGCAAGAAAAUCAAAAGCAAAACGCACAUCACAGGCUCACCGCCGAAACGUACAAGAUGUUCGGCUUCUUUAAAGGAAGCGCCGACUCCUCUCCCCAGUCAUCCUACUCUCAGUCGUCUUCUUCCUCCAUGUCACCGUCUCCGUCGGCUCCUCCUGUCACCGGACCAGCUAGACCGAUCCGACUUGUUUACUGCGAUGAGAAAGGGAAGUUUCGGAUGGAUCCAGAAGCAGUGGCUACUCUCCAGCUUGUUAAGGAACCAAUCGGUGUCGUUUCAGUCUGUGGUCGCGCUCGACAGGGAAAAAGCUUUAUUUUGAAUCAGCUUAUUGGCAGGAGUAGUGGAUUUCAAGUAGCAUCCACUCAUCGGCCAUGUACAAAAGGACUUUGGUUGUGGAGUGCACCGUUAAAGAGAACUGCCCUUGAUGGAACUCAGUACAAUCUCUUACUGUUAGACAGUGAAGGAAUAGAUGCUUAUGAUCAAACAGGAACAUACAGCACUCAGAUAUUCUCCUUAGCUGUCCUUCUAUCUAGUAUGUUCAUUUACAAUCAGAUGGGUGGUAUAGAUGAAGCAGCACUUGAUCGACUCUCCCUUGUCACUCAAAUGACAAAACAUAUUCGUGUUAGAGCUUCUGGUGGAAGAAGUUCAGCUUCUGAACUCGGGCAGUUCUCCCCAAUUUUUGUUUGGCUUCUAAGGGAUUUUUAUCUGGAUUUAGUUGAGGAUAAUAGGAGAAUAACACCCCGUGACUAUCUAGAGCUUGCUCUAAGGUCAGUUCAGGGAAAUGGAAAAGACAUAGCUGCUAAAAAUGAGAUUCGGGACUCAAUUCGAGCUCUGUUUCCAGACAGAGAAUGCUUCCCUCUUGUGCGGCCUUUGAACAAUGAAAAUGAUCUACAGCAUAUGGAUCAAAUUUCGUUGGAUAAACUAAGGCCUGAAUUUAGAGCUGGGCUGGAUGCAUUGACAAAAUUUGUUUUUGAGAGAACAAGGCCCAAGCAAAUUGGCGCCACUGUAAUGACAGGCCCAGUCCUUGUUGGCAUUACAGAAUCUUAUCUAGAGGCUCUCAAUAAUGGUGCAGUACCAACAAUAUCUUCCUCAUGGCAGAGUGUUGAAGAAGCUGAGUGUAGGCGAGCAUAUGACGCUGCCACAGAAAUUUAUAUGUCGAGUUUUGACCGUUCGAAGCCAACUGAGGAAGUUGUUUUGAGAGAAUCACAUGAAGAAGCUGUUCAAAAAUCAUUGGCUGCAUUUAAUGCUGCUGCUGUGGGGAUUGGUUCAGCAAGGAAGAAAUAUGAAGAGCUUCUCCAGAAAUUCUCCAGAAGAGCAUUUGAGGAUUACAAGAGGAAUGCAUUUAUGGAGGCAGACUUGAGAUGUUCAAACACUAUACAAAACAUGGAAAAGAGACUGAGAGCAGCCUGUCAUGCUUCUGAUGCCAAUGUUGAUAACGUUGUGAAAGUCCUUGAUGGUCUUUUAUCUGAAUAUGAGACAUCAUGUCAUGGUCCAGGGAAAUGGCAGAAAUUAGCGAUGUUCCUACAACAAAGUUUGGAAGGUCCAAUACUUGACCUUGCAAAACGGCUAAAUGAUAAAAUUGGAUCCGAGAAGAGUUCUCUUGUGCUGAGAUGUCGCUCAAUGGAGGAUAAAAUGGCGUUACUUCACAAGCAACUAGAAGCUAGUGAGAAAGAUAAGUCUGAAUAUAUGAAGCGAUAUGAUGAAGCUAUUAAUGAAAAGAAGAAGCUUGCUGAUGAUUAUAUGAGGCGCAUAAAUGAUUUACAAAGUAAUCGUAGUUCAUUGGAUGAGAGGUGUUCUAACUUGGUGAAAACAUUGGAUACUGCCAAGCAAGAAACAUCCAACUGGAAAAGAAAACAUGAUCAGGUGUUAUCAAAGCAGAAAGCUGAUGAAGAGCAGGCAGCUUCAGAGAUUGCAAUUCUCAAGUCUCGGAGCAGCGCUGCUGAAGCAAGGUUGGCUGCUGCUCAUGAACAAACCAGGUCAGCUGAAGAAGAGGCAGCAGAGUGGAAACGGAAGUAUGACAUUGCUGUAAGAGAGACAAAAGCCGCUUUAGAGAAGGCGGCGAAUGUGCAAGGAAGAAUUAAUAAAGAAACACAACUGAGGGAAGAUGCACUGCGCGAAGAAUUUUCUGGCCGUUUGGUUGUGAAGGAAGAUGAAAUAAAGGAGAAGAAUAGGAAGAUAGAGCAUGCGGAGCAGUGUUUGACAACCUUAAACAUGGAGCUAAAGGCUGCUGAGUCAAAAAUGAAGAGUUAUGAUACUGAAAUAUCCUCCCUGAAGCUUGAAAUCAAAGAGUUGGCUGAGAGACUGGAGACUGCAAAUACUAAGGCCCAAUCUUAUGAGAAAGAAGCUAGGAUUCUGGAACAAGAGAAGAUCCAUCUGGAGCAAAGGUACCGAUCUGAGUUUGAGAGGUUUGCAGAAGUCCAGGAAAGGUGUAAUCAUGCUGAAAAAGAAUGUAAGAGGGCUACAGAAUUAGCUGAUAAAGCAAGGACUGAUGCAGUAUCUGCACAAAAGGAAAAAAAUGAGUUUCAGAAAUUGGCAAUGGAAAGAUUAGCCCAAAUUGAGAGGGCUCAGAGGCAUAUUGAAAGCUUGGAUAGACAGAAAAAUGAUUUGGCUGGUGAACUUGAAAGUGUUCGUGUGUCGGAGAUGGAUGCUGUCUCGAAAGUUGCAUUGCUAGAAGCUAGAGUUGAAGAAAGGGAGAAAGAAAUAGAGUCACUUCUGAAAUCAAACAAUGUGGAGAGGGCUAGUACAGUUAAAGCACUUCAAGAUCUUCUGGAUGAUGAACGGAAAGCCCACAGUGUUGCAAAUAAAAGAGCUGAAGACUUCUCUCUUCAGUUGGAAGUAGCACGGGCUAAACUUGAUUCCCUUCAACAGGAGUUUACUUCAGUUCGUCUGAAUGAGUCAGCAUUGGAUGGCAAGCUUAAGGCUGCUUCCCAUGGAAAACGAAUUAGAACAGAAGAUGUUGAAAUGGGUGUAGGAUCUGUUCAAGACACAGGCACAGAUGACAAAAGAGUAAAGAAGAGGUCGAGGAGUACAACCAGCCCCGUAAUGCUCACACAACCAGAAGAUGGUGGUUCAGUGUUCAAGGGCAAUGAGGAUAAUCAAAGUCAGCGAACGGACCAGGAAGAUUAUAGAAAGUUCACUAUCCAGGAACUAAAGCAGGAACUUACAAAACAUAAUUAUGGUGCUGAGAUCCUCAAGUUGCGAAGUCACAACAAGAAAGACAUCCUUGCAUUAUAUGAGAAAUAUGUUCUCCAGAAGUCAUGAGGGUUCCAUCAUAGACAUGUAGAGAUGGUCUGUGCGUCUACUGGGAGUGUUAAUGAGUAGAACAGUGUGAGAAUAAAGGUUAUUUUAAGUUCUAAAUGGUCUGGUUAUCUGUAGAUUCUCCUAGUAUCAGUUCCAGCUAGCAAGGUAGAAAAAUCAUUCUGGUGUAACUACAGGAUUUGUUCAUCAUGCUGCUUUGAGGGUGAGUUUUUUUUUUUUCCCUUGGUUAAAUCUAAUCCCCUGUAAGAAAUAUUUAUUCAAGUUUGCGAUCGAUAGUUUGGGGUUCCUUGACAGCUUGUAUGCUUGCAGCCCCUGUUGCUCAUUUAACUCUAGGAUAUAAGAUUAUAGAGUGAACUUCAUUACGAUUUUGGUUUA